AUGGCAGAUUUGUCGCUGUAUUUAACUAAUGCCAACAUUUCACUGGGCCAAACUAUGGAGUCUGAAAAGAGCCUUGGUGGGGUGACAGACUUUGAGACUGUUGAGAUGGGCGAGCCAGCGGGGGGGCAGGGGAGGGAGAGGGUCCGGGUGCCCCGGAGGACCAUCUACUUUGCCAGUGGCGAGACCAUGGAGGAGUACAGCACCGACGAAGAGGAGGAAGAGGAGGAGCCUGUGAAGAAGGAUGUUGUGACUGUAGAUCCGUCCAAGCUCACCUGGGGUCCAUAUUUCUGGUUUCACAUGUGGAGAAUGGCCACAUCCACUGUCUCAGUGUGUGACUUCUUAGGAGAGAGACUGGCCUCUCUGUUUGGCAUCACAACUCCUAAAUACCAGUAUGCUAUUGAUGAGUACUACCGUAUCAAGAAAGAGGAGGAGGAGGAGGAAGAGGAGAACCGUCUGUCUGAGGAAGCCGAGCAUCGCUUUGUAGAGCAGCAGAGGAAGGAGCAGGCAAACCUGGGACCCCCUCAUUCCCCUGCCACGGAGCAGCCAGAAGCGUCCGGAGCCUCCUUUGUCAAUGUCAGCUUUGAACUGGACCCUGAGCCUCCACUCAACGCUCCAGACAGAGUCCCUGCCCCCCUCCCCUCCUGAAAACUGACAGCCAACACAAACUGCUCUCAUUAACAGACUUCUAACUCUUUACUUGCAAAGCCCCCUUUCACUUAAUUUGCACAGAUUAAUGAUAUUGCUAUUUUUGUAUGGGUUUAUUUGGUAAAUACAGAUCUUCUGUCGCAGGGAAAAGUUAAAAAGGGCUGUUUAAGUUGCUGGAUUGCCUCUAUAUAUGAAUGUUAUUUUUCUAUAUAGUGUGUAAUUACUUGCACGACAGAGACAUGACAAAACUGUUUACAGACUAGAAAAACAACUUAACGAUUGUACUGGGUUUGGCGUCAGCUCAGUUUUAUUCGCAUCAGAUCAAAAAUGAAUGCUGGAUUUUCCUCUCUUCUUUUUUCAUUUUUUAUUACAUUAAUUUGAAACCUGAGCUCUUUUUAAAAAUUUGUUGGUCAAAGAAAAUCCUGCAUUUGAACUUUGAAGGAAGUCCACCCUCAAAUGAAAGUGUGUUGGUUCCAGCCCAGGAACAUCUGUUGAUGUCAACAUAUAUGCAAAGGAAUUUAAUUAAUCUUGCUUUUAUUUAAUGAUGUGAGCUAAAACGGCACUGCCCGGUCAUUGUAGCCCUCAGUCUCAGCCUGUGCUCCCUGUCUCUGACACAGUGUCUUGUUGCCAUUUUUCUGGUUACAGAUUGUAACAGAGCUGUAAGAGCCAGGAUGAGAGAGAGGAUGUAACUGGAAAUAUAAAAUAGCUGUAGACUUAAAGUUCAUACUGACACAGACGUAAGCCUGCUUGCAUUGCAGGGCCAAGCCGAGGGGCUGAGUGAUCAAGAGCUAACUUUAGUUAAUGUGUCAAAUGUCAACAUGGCCUAUUAACGUUUUGUUUCCUUUCACAGUCAGUUUCUCAGCUCAGAUGUGGCACUGUGAUACGCAGCCGUUUUGUGUCUGUCCUGAUAAGCAUUUAGUAUACAAAGUAUGGCCAGCUGUGCUCAGCUCUGUGAUGACUCAGGCUUCUGCAUUGCCAGUCAGAGAGCUCACAGAUGCCAGUUGUAACUAUAAUACCCCUGGCCCAGGUGCCUAUAAUAUAUUCAGAGACUUAUAGUUUAAUGAUGUACACUACAUUGUCUUGUUUUUGCCACAUGAAGAGUGCUACUGUGGCUUCACUUGAUGUCAGACCAUGCCUGUAGUGCUGUUUUUUUUUGUUUUUUUUCCGCAGAAGUAGCGACUGAAGCCAGACAGUUGGCUUGUGUGCUAAAAAGCAGCCUGUGUUUGAUGUCAACAGACCACUUAUAACCUUACCUUUAAAGAAGGUUUUGAAUGCCAGUAUGUUUUUUUUUUUUGUUGUUGUUGUUGUUUUUUUUUUCAAGAUAUCAGGGACUCAUCAUAAUAUGGAAUACAAGCUUCUGUUACUCUUCAGUGCUGAAAAACAGCAGUAGCCUGCAGUUGGUGGUGGAUAGUAGCAGCCACUGUUAAUGUCAUCAAUUAGAAAUGCAUUUCUUUUUAACAUAGUAAUACAUUAGCAAUGUUUUCAGGUGAUGCAGGUGAGUAAAACAGAAAAAAUGUCUGGAAAUGUACUGACAGUCAUGCAGUCACAAUUGAUUAAACUGACAAGCUACAUCGUCUCACCAUUGAAAUUACUUUAAACAGGCAAAAGUGUCAGGACUGAACCAGACUGACUGCAGCCUCCUGUUUAUCAUUACCAAGUCCAUUGUCAUUUUAGGGGCUAGAAAUUUGGGGUAAUAAAUUUCAAAAUGGUAUCAGUUCAGAAGACAACCAGCCAUCUUUGGUUGGCAUACUCACUCCAUUCUUUCUUUUUCAUGUACAGUGUAUGUAUUCCUUUUUAUUUAUUUUCUGUUUUUUUUUUUUUUUUUUUUUUUCAUAUUGUCCUGAUCAAAUAGAGUAGCAAUUUGCUGCAAAGCUGAAAAUGGGGCCUGUGUGUAUGUGUAAAUAUCAAAUGCACCUCUCUUUAACAUGAUUCAUUUCAUUCGGUAGUCCUGGCCCUACCAGCUGCCACCGUCAUAAAUCACAUCUUAAGUUUUCGUUUCAUUUCAGCUCUAAAUGUGAUUAAAACAUUCAGUGUGUGAGCAAAGUUUGGCGUUCAGUGGCUUUAUCUCUUAUUGUAACUAAUGAAGGAUAACAGUUCUGCUCACAGUGGGAAGCUGGAAAAACCAUCCGAUUCACCUACACAUUCUGUGAGCUGGUUUUGGAACUAUUUAAAAAGAUUUUUUUCAGUUUUAAUGGAAUUUAUAUUUCUAUUUAAUGUGUAUUAAUAAAACAUUGAAAAUUAA